UGCUGCAUUUUCUUGUCUUACGGGGUUGCGGAUAUGGGCGACAAGCACCGGGAUCUUCCGUCCUGGAUGAUAGGGGGAGACGCGAAGCUAAGUGAGCAAGGAAAGCCCGGAAAAAGCGCGCAAAAAACAGAAAAAAAGAAAAAGACGAGAGUCCAGAGGGAGACGGUGUAUUUCAUGAACGAGGCUGAGCUAGUGGGUGCGGCGUUGAGGGUUCUAACCGAAGAAGGUCGGGGCAACCCUGGAACUGGAACACUUGCACUGCAGACAGAGGCUGAAAAGAAUCGGCGAGAGUGUCUGGUGAAGGCAAACAGCCUCUUUCAUCAAGAGAAAAAGGAAAUUGAUGUUCGAAUCGGACACGGAGGAGGAAUCGUCUGACUGUGAAUUGAGCGAGAAAGCGGACAUCUCCAAGACUGACCUGGAGGACUUGGCGGAGAAAGCGACGCUGCCUUACGUGGCACAGGAACCCGGAAGCCCAGGCCUGGCAGGUGUCUCGGACCGGAACCAGGAGCCGGUCCUCCCUAGCCGCGGCACUGCACCAGGACUGGACCGAGGGGGCACGUCACCCGGGAGCUCCGACGACGAGGCUCUCCGCCUUGUGCGGGAAAUCUUCUUCACGUAAACCGGGGAUCAUCCAAUCACGGCCCUCGAGGACCGAGAACUGCUGGUUUUCCACCCUCCCUUCACCUUGGGAGUCAGGUGUGAAGACAGUCUGGCCAAUCGGUAACACUAAUUGUUCUGCUGAUUACCUGGGAGAAAAGAAAACCGGAGCCAGAUUUGGAGUCGGGGUCCAGUUUUGAUGAUGGCUGAUGCAAACAGUUUUCAUGGAAAUUGCUGACCAACGUCACCUGGCUUACAAUGUUUAUUACUUAUUACAAUAUGUUAAGCUAGCCCAUUUUUUAAACAGAAAAUGGCACCAGGUUGGAAUAAGUUGAGAAGGCAGGAAGAGGGGAGCUCUGCAUUUAUAAGAAAGAAGUAUAACCAGUGGAGCGAGGAGAGGAUGAGGGCAGCAAUGUGUGUAUAUAGGGAAACAACAGAGGCAGGCCAGAAGCCAAAUUUGCGUUUUUUAGCCAGGGCAUGGAAUGUACCCAAGUCCACCCUUGAAAAGAGGGUCAAAGGGUUGGUCAGUGGGCACACGCAUUCUUCCGGUAGAAAACCAUUUCUCCCAGCUAAUGCAGAAAAGGAGCUGGCUGAAUUGCUGAAGACAUUAGCAACGAGAGGUUUUCGUUUAACCAAACAAGAUGUGCAAAACAUUGCCUUUGACUUUGCCAAAGCAAACAACAUCAAAGGGUUUUCAGAAGUGAAAAAACAAGCAGGCUACUAUUGGCUUAGAAACUUCAAUAAGAGGAACCCUGGGGUGGGUAUAAGAGAGUCAGACGUUGCAGCAGCAGCAGCAAGGGCUCCAGGUAAGAAUCCCCAAGUUGUGCACAGCUGGUUCGAGGAGUAUAAAACCCUGCUGAAUGAACUUGGACUUGAAGAUAUUCCAUCUCAUUUAUGGAGUUGUGAAGAGUCUGGGUUACAAGAUGAUUUCACCCCAAGACAAGUUGUCAGCACGGCUGGGAAGCCUUGUCAUGACGUAACCGCAGGGCACAGAGGAGAAACUACAACGGUGCUCGCUGCCUUUAAUGCAGUGGGAACGUUCGGUCCAACAAUGGUCAUUUUCAAGGGGAAAAGGCUGAGGAAUGAAUGGCUUCUUGACUCACCUGUGAAUGUUUUGGCAAAAGUCUCGGAGAACGGGUGGAUAAACUCUAACCUCUUCCUGGAAUGGGGGGAAAUGUUUAUUAGACAGCUUCCCAAAGAUGACCCCAACCCCCAUAUACUUCUUCUAGAUGGUCACAGCAGCCAUGUUUAUAACCUUGAGUUCUUGAAGCUGAUGAGGCGUAAUAACGUGCAUGUUAUGUGCUAUCCUGCACACUCCACACAUGCCCUACGGCCUGCAGAUAAGCCAUUAUUCACAAGUCUUAAGUACAACUGGCAAGAAGAAGGAAGAAAAUGGAAUCUGAAUGCAGCUGGGCAGAAGCUGCCAGUAGCUGAAUUUUUCACCCUGUUCAAUGAGGCCUGGAAGAAGACUGCUACCAUUGAGAAUGGUCAGGCAGUUUUUAAAACAACGGGAAUGUUCCCACUAAAUGAAGCCAUCAUCACUGCUGUUGGCUUUGCACCGAGCCUGACAACGGAAAGAUCCUUACCAGCUGAAGCAAGCAUGGCAAAUCCAACUAUAGCUCCAGAGAGUCACACUACGGAGGUUUUGGAGAACAUGGUAGGGGAGGUGGUGCUCACAAAAGAGGAGGCACUGGAAGAGGGGUCAAAGUUUGUGCUUUUCACGCCAACCUCGUCAACCUCUCCUGGGCCUUCAACGUCAGCAGGCAUUUCCCUGUGCUGCGUUCAAAAUGACCCGCCACCCUUUCCUUCAACAUCUUCAAGUGUUGCACCGGAGUCAAGGCCAGUGACCUUUUCAGACACAAUUCAGAUUCAGAAACAAGAGCAACAGGGCAACAAAAGGGCGAAACCAGCUACCUUUAGGCUGACGGAUCAACAGCAUUUUGAGUACCUUGGUUCCAAAACCAAAAAACCUGGAAAGUAUCUUUGUAAAAGAUACAAACAGCUACAUGGGGACUCAACUGAUCCCAAAGCCAAUGAGGACUGGGUUAGCUUCCAUGAGUCUUGCGGGGAAGAAGAUGGGAUAUUUGAGGAUGAAAGCUUCAUAUGUGAAGACUGUCAGUGUAGAGUGUAGAGAACGUUCACAUGCGGCAUGCACAAUUUGAUAGUUAUUCCACUCCAUUUUAAAAUCUUAAUCACAUAUGCGUACACGCACUGCAUGACUGCAUAAUGACUGCAAUGCAUUUACUUGUUGGACUUUUCUCAGUUUUGUUUAAACUAAUUGCAUUGUAUUCAUGAAGUUCUUCUGUUUGAACACCAGUUAUGAAUUCAAUGAAUUGACUACCUAAACAAAGUUUUAAAUGGCACGUGUAAUUGCGAUGAACAUUAUUGCAUUAGUAGACCAUUAUUGCAAUGAGUUUUGUUUGAAAAACUAUAUACAUUGCAUUCAUGGUUGAAUUAUUGUUUAAUGUAUAACUUUCAUGCAUAAGUGUACUGAAAGUGAAUUUCCAACUUUACCUGAAGGAGGAAUGUGAGAGAACUUCAAAUAUCUAAAGGACCAGAUGGUAAAGAAUUAAUUAAUUAACCUUGAGAGUGUAUGAACAGUUUCUGACAUGUUACCAGUAGUCACCAACCCUGUUCCUGGAGAUUUUCUAUCCUAGGUUUUCACUCCAACCCUAACAAAGUGCGCCUCAUGCAACAGCUUCAGAUCUCAGAUCUUGAGCUGCUAAUUAGUAGAAUCAGGUGUGCCAAGUUAGGGUUGAAGGGAAAACCUUCAGGAUGGCACCCCUACAUACCUGGAGCAGGGGUGCAUAUCUCAGGGCCAGUCUGCGUAAUGGUUUUUGUUUGUACUGGUUCGUACUGCGUACUGGUUUUUGUUAUGGGGCGACAUGGCUCAGGCAGUAAGAGCAGUCGUCUGGCAGUCAGAGGGUUGCCGGUUCGAUCCCCCGCCCGGGCUGUGUCAAAGUGUCCCUGAGCAAGACACCUAACCUCCAAAUGCUGCUGACGAGCUGGUCGGCGCCUUGCAUGGCAGCCAAUCGCCGUUGGUGUGUGAGUGUGUGUAUGAAUGGGUGAAUGAGAAACAUCAAUAAAGGAUAAAGGCGUUAUAUAAAUGCCAACCAUUUACCAUUUA